UAUACAAACAUGGCGAAGCUCAUAGUCCUCUUGGCAACUUUUGCCCUCUUCCUCGUCCUGUCUAACGCCUCCAUCUACCGCACGGUGGUUGAGUUCGACGAAGACGACGUGAACCAGAGGGGCCCACAAGGACGCUGCCAGAGGGAGUUCCAGCAGCAACAGCAGCUCAGGGCUUGCCAACAAUGGAUCCGCCGACGCGCCCAACGCGGCGGUGGCUGGGCCGACGAUGACAUCGAGCUCGUGACCGAAGACGACGACGUGAACCAGAGGCCGCCAGCCCUCCGACAGUGCUGCAACGAGCUGCGCCAAGUUGACCGCAUGUGCGUGUGCCCAGUGAUAAGGCACGCGGCUCAACAGGUGAGGUACCAGGGACAGCACCAGCCGCAGCAGGUGAGACAGAUGUUCCAAGCUGCUAGGAACUUGCCCAACAUCUGCAACAUCCCUGUCGGACAAUGCCAGUUCCAGGCUACCGCUUACUAAACCCGAAACGGGAAUGCACGUGCAUG